GUGGCGUUUAUGGCUCCUUUUCUCCGGUAGUGCGCCAUCAGCAGGGUGCACUUGUUCUUGCUCUUGUAAGAGGACGACUGUCUGGUACCAUCAGAAGACACAACCACCUGACCUCAACACCACAGCCAGAGCCAGCGUAAAUGCAUAAACUGCGGAGCUUCUCUGUAGCCAAACUGGCUAAAGUUUUAAGCAGAAUAUCCCCAAGACUAAAGAGCACAGGAGGAAGACCUUCAGCCCCACUGGGUUCACGGAUUCUGACCAAUCAUGAUGACAUCUUUAAGCACAACAUGUGGGAUCAUGUGCAAUGGACAGAACUGGAUAAAGAAAACGCACGGCAGAAGGCGGAAGAAAAUUCCUGCGUACAAAUUCCUUUAAAGGAACAAGGUAAAUUCGACACAGAAGCUUGGCAAUACUGGGACACAUUUUAUGAGAUGCACCAGGACAAGUUCUUUAAAGAUCGCAAGUGGCUGUUUUUAGAAUUCCCAGAAUUGCUUCCUUCAGGUGCAAAAAGCCACGCCACAAACACGUGUCUGCAUGAUCAUCUGGCAGCAUACCCACUAUCUACUAGAUCCAGCACAGAGACCAGACCCCAUCACAGAAACACUUCCAAUCAGGAGACCUGUCAAGGAGCAGCGCUAGAAAAAAAUGAAGCUCACAUUCAGACUACUACUUUCCCUGGCCAGCAUGCAUCUUUCAGGAUCUUGGAGGUUGGAUGUGGAGUGGGUAACAGUAUGUUUCCCAUCGUUAAUUGCAUAAAAGGAACUGAUGCAUUUUUAUACUGUUGUGACUUCUCCCCAUGUGCAAUUCAGCUGGUGAAGGACCAUCCAGAAUACGAUGACUCUGUGUGUCAUGCCUUUGUCCACGACAUUUGUGAGGAGGUGGCCUCCUUUCCCUUCCCUCCUCAGAGCCUGGAUGUUAUUCUAGCAGUCUUUGUGCUGUCCUCCAUUCAUCCGGACCGACUUCAGGGAGUUGUGAACCGACUGUCUACAUACCUGAAACAUGGAGGGACGUUCCUCUUCCGUGAUUAUGGGAGACAUGACUUCUCACAACUCAGGUUUAAGAAGGGACGGUGCUUAUCAGAGAAUUUCUACACACGUGGAGAUGGAACCUGCGUGUACUUUUUCACUAAAGAAGAAGUUCAUGAUUUAUUUUCCAAUGCCGGACUGGAAGAAAUUCAGAAUCUUGAAGACAGACGACUCCAAGUGAACAGAGGAAAGAAAGUUGUAAUGCACCGGGUUUGGAUGCAGAGCAAGUACAGGAAAACAUAUCCACCUUCACCAUCUUAACACCCACCAUACACUGCCUAAUUUGGAGCUAAAUUACUUUUUAUACUUUUCUUUUUAUUUGUUCAAUCCUGAAAAACUGUUUUGUUUUGUUUUUUUUACCAAAGAAGUAUCUGUACUACAACAAAAACUGUAUCCAAUAAACUUGUUGUCAAACACA